AUGGAGAGACUUCAGGGGAGUUCUCUUCCUAUGUUGGUGCUGCAGCCCGAGAAACGUCUGAAAAGCAAAAGCUCAAUCAUGGAUGCUGUGAAGGCUUUUAACGCAGAGCUUACAGCUUUGUACGAGGUGAAGCCACCUAUAUCAAAAGCAAAAAUGACAUCGAUAACAAGAGGAGCUAUAAAAGCCAUAAAGUUCUACAAACAUGUUGUGCAAAGUGUAGAAAAGUUUAUACAAAAGUGUAAGCCAGAAUACAAGGUUCCAGGCUUGUAUGUUAUUGAUUCAAUUGUGAGACAAUCAAGACACCAGUUUGGAGCUGACAAAGAUGUAUUUGCACCCCGAUUUGCAAAGAAUAUGCAAAAUACUUUUGUAAAUCUUUUUAAAUGUCCUCCAGAAGAUAAGAGUAAAGUAAUUCGCGUUCUCAACCUCUGGCAAAAGAACUCAGUAUUUCAAUCCGAAGUGAUUCAACCACUCUUUGAUUUAGCAGAUCCCAAUCAUCCUAUUCAUAAACAAGAAAUAACUAAUGUUACCACCAAUAGUAAUGGUUCAAUUUCAAGCAUGGUUAAUUUAUCUAAUGUCACUAAAACACCACCGUCUGUAAAUAGAACACCUACAAGCCUCAAUAAGACCCCAUUGCCUGGUUCCAAGGCAUCAAAUGAUGUUAAUCCUGCAGUAUGGCUUAAUCCUCAAACACAAUUGGAUACAAGCACUGCCCUUUUGCAACUGUCUGGCCAGGCAGCAGGGGGAAUGGAUGCCACCGUCCUUCAACAUUUGCAGCAUUUGCAGCAAAUUCUACUGAAACAACAAGAUCCUGGGGGGCAUCCAGAAACAGAUCAGGUAAAAUUCGAUAAAAAACUUCUUGAUUUCGAUUAUGGGUCUGAAGAUGAUGAUGACAAUGCACCUUCGCCUCAGCAGCAACCUCAAACUCCUCAGGCACAACAUGCAGCAGCACAGCAAGCAACAGGACUCGAAAGCAUACUUUCUAACCCUGAGGUAAUGCGUCAACUUCAGACACUUCAACAACAAAUGUCACAACAGCAAAUGAAACAAGAGAUGGAAGAGAAAUUGAGAAAGUUGCAGGAAAUGAAGCAGCAAGAGGAAGAAUUUGACAAACAUUUGGCUCAGACUGUGCCUAACCUGCCUUUUGCUGCAGAGUGUGAUUUGAAGCCUUCCCAAGGAGAAAUAAAAUCACAAACACCUGCUCGAUAUGAUCAACAUGAUUUUGAUCAACACAAACCAGCAUAUACGUUUCCUGUAAUGGAUAUCACUCAGCCGCCUCCAGGAUAUCCCAGUCAGCAGCAGCAACAACAACAACAGCAAGCCCAGCAGCAGCAACAACAGCAACAAACACAAGGGUCAGUAGCAAGUGUGUCCUCUCAUCAAGGGAAUAGGAAUAGCCCUCUUGAAGAUGGAGAGCAAGCAGACUCAGAAGUGGAGUUUGUUGACAGAGCUGCUACUACAUUAUGGGUGGGUCAUUUAUCCAAAUUGGUUCAUCAAGAAGAGUUAUCCGAUACUUUUGGUGAAUAUGGUGAUAUCGUAUCAAUUGAUCUAAUCCCACCUCGUGGCUGUGCCUUCAUUUGUAUGAAUAGGCGGCAAGAUGCCUACCGAGCUUUGCAGAAGCUGAAAAAUCACAAACUCCAAGGAAAAGCUAUUACGCUGGCAUGGGCUCCUGGAAGAGGAGUAAAAGGAAAGGAAUGGAAGGAUUACUGGGAAGUUGAUUUGGGUGUAUCCUACAUUCCAUGGGAUAAACUUAGUCGUGAUUCUGAUCUUGAUGCUGUUGAAGAAGGUGGUAUGAUUGACGAAGAAACACUUCCUGAUUGGCUGAAAGUACACUCCCAGCAGCCAGGUAUGCAGACAAAUUCUGUUGCACCAACAGAGCCUGUUCCGAACAAUGAUGUUGCUGCUCCACCACCUGGCUUCAUACCAUUGCCUGAGGGAUUACCUGCAACAACAGUUUCCCAGAAUGUAGACACAACACAACCACCACCUCAACAAUCUGUAUGGCCGGAAUGCCAGGAUUGUCCACAGCAAUCGCUGGAACACCUCUGCCAGUACCUGGUACAAUGGCAGGUACCAUACCAACUGGUGUACCUCCUCCAUCAGGAAUGACUAUGGUGCCACCAUUUGGAAUACCAAACGUUCCUCGUUUCAUCUCCAUUGCAGCUCCGAUGGGGAUGGCUAUGGGACAUGGUAUGAUGCCAAAUGUUCCCAUCGGAGUCCCUCCUCCUGCCAUGCAAGGUAUCUUGAUGCCACCAGGCAGCCAAAUGAUGCAUCAACACGUAAUAGGUGGUGUCCCACAACCUGUCAAUUCUCCUUUCAGCUCAGCACCAGGUGGUCCAGUGGGCAUAUUGUCAGGCCACCCUCAAGGCCAGCUGUCUCACAUCCCUGUGCCUACGCCUUCAUCAGACAAAUCCGGCUCUGCACUGUCUUCCAAUGCCCUUCCUGUGGGUGUGCCUCCUCCCACCUCAGAGGCCGGACUGGCAGGUCUGGGUGAAAAUGUGCUGCGAAUGCCCUUUGGUGUUCAUCAGCUGGCCGCAGCACGCAAUGUUCCUGUACCAAGAGUUAAUCAUGAAGAAGGUAGCAGUAUGGAUAUAGAUAUGGAUGAAGAUCAACCUAGCAAGCCUGUCGAAGCAAUACGGUUAAAUGAACAGUUGCUAGCAGCUGUUACAUCCAGACCACCACCUUUUGGACAGGGCAUUGGAGCCCCUAAUCUGAGUCAGCCUCCUCCUGGAUUACCCUUGAGUCUUCAACAGUUAUCUCAACCCCCUCCUGGGGUUAAUUCAGGUGAUCAAACACGAAACCCGUCAAGAAUAGAUCAAGACCCAUCUACAACAAAGGACUCAGAAUUCUCAGGAAGUAGAAAUAGGGAAAGAGAGAGAGAUCGUGACAGAGGUAGAGACAGAGAAAGAGAUCGAGGGAGAGACAGAGAGAGAGAUAGGGACCGAGAUCGUGAUAGAGAUCGUGACCGGGAUAAAGAGCGGGACAGAAGUGAUAGAGAUCGUGAUAGAGAUAGGGAUAGGGAUAGAGAGCGGCCCUCAAGGUGGAGUGAGCGAGAUCGGGAUCGUGAUAGAGAAAGAGAGCGUGGUGAUAAGGAUCGUGAAAGAGGUAGAGACCGCGAAAGAGGUGACAGAGAUCGUGACUGGAGAGAAGCUCAACAUAGUGAAGAACGGGAUCGACCGUCAAAUAAACCAACAGAGUUGCCAAACCCUUGGGCAAAUCCUCCACCUCAGCAGCAACAGCAGCAGCAGCAGUUUGAAGAAAAGGAGAAGCCUAGCUUAUUGGAGAGACUUCGAAGCCUUGCGAAUGAUGGGCUUCCUACUUCAUCUAGAGAGGAAAGACAUACAUUUGGAGGUCGUGAAGGAAGAUCUGCCCACGACUUGAGCUCUGCAGAACGCAGUCGUGAUCGUGAUAGAGAUCGUAACAGGGACAGAUCAAGAGACCAGGAGAGAGAGAGGGACAGAGAACGGGAUGGAAGUUCUAGUCAAAAUGCACCUCCAUCCUUGCUUGAUAUGCCAAAAAUAACUCCUCCUGGUACUUCUGGAGAAAGUGGCUCUCAGAGUUUAUCAGAUAGCCACUUAGGACCUGGAACACCUUCGGGUACUGGAAGUAGAUUUUCUGGACCACGUGUUCCUCCAGGACCUGCACAUUUAUUCAGCCCUCGAGGCCCAGGUGGGGAUAACUUCAGACCUGGAGCACCUGAUGGUUUUCGUCCUUUGGGACCUGAUGGAUUCCGUCCAUCUGGCCCAGGAUUCAGACCACCUGGUCCUUUUGGCCCACGAGGCCCUCCUGAUGGAAUAAUGCUGUCUCCUGGGCCUGACCGUCAUCCUCAUGGCCCCGACCACCAUCCACGUGGCCCUGACCACCAUCCACGUGGGCCAGAUCAUCAUCCUCGAGGUCCAGAUCAUCAUCCACGAGGUUCUGAUCAUCAUCCUCGUGGUCCUGAUCACCAUCCACAUGGGCCAGAUCACCAUCCUCAUGGCCCAGAUCACAUUCCCCUUGGUCCUGAUCACCUUCCUCUUGGACCUGAUCACCGUCCGUUAGGGCCUGACCAUCGCCCACUAGGACCUGACCAUCGUCCUAUUGGACCUGAUCAUCUCCCACUUGGACCAGAUCAUCCUUUGGGUCCAGAUCAUCCUCUGGAUCAUGAAGGAUUUGAUCAUAGAGGUCAUCCUAGAGAUCUUUUUGAAAGAGGUCUCCAUCCAGGUGAUGAGGAGUUUGAACUUCUUAUGCGCCCAGAUGCAUUUGAACAUCGUGGCCCAAGAAAUGAUGGUUUUGGUCCCCAUCAUCCAGAUGAUUUUGAUCCCCGAGCAGAAGGUUUUCCCAGGGGUCUCCAUCCUGAUGACUAUGAUCUACCUUUGAGACCAGAUGAAUUUGAUCCAAGAGGCCCACGUCCAGAUGGUUUUGAUCCAAGAGGCCCUCGUGAAGGGUUUGAUCCAAGAGGCUUACAUCCUGAUGACUUCGAUAUGAGACGACCACAUCCCGAUGAUUUUGAUCCACGAUUCCGUGGCCUUGGCCCCAGGCCUGAUUAUUUUCCUCCUCGUGGCCCUGAUGGUUUUGGGCCCCGAGGGAUGAUGGGACCUCGUGGAAUGCGACCUGAUGGAUUUGGUCCUCGAUCGUUAUUAGGAAGAGGCCCAGGGCCCAUGUUUCAUCCCAGAGGGCCACCAGGACCUAUGAACAUGCGUGGAAUGGGACCUAGGCCUGGUAUAUGGAUGGAUAACCAAGGCCCUCACAUGUCUGGAAGGGGAUUUGAGGGAUCGCCUGGUGAAGAGCAAUUCUUUGGGCGCUUGCCCUUCGAUGAAAUGGAACGGAGAGCCAGAGAAGAAGGUCGCCACAUGCGUGGGGGUGCAGGCUGGGGUCCAGGUCCUGGUCCCGGCCCUGGCCCUGGAUCAGUCCCUGGUCCUGGCCCUGGGUCUGGGUCUGGUCCUGGACCUGGACCUGGACCUGGACCUGUAUCAGGUUCUGUGCCUGGCUCUGGACCAGCUGGGCCACGGAGAGGACCUUCUGGGCCUCCGGGGGCUGCUGGAGGACCUCCCACUCCUGGCAGCACAGGCCGCAGAGGGAGGACAGACGAAACCCCUGGAAAAUCAAGUGAAGGAAGCAAGUCUAGUUCAAGCAGAUCAGAAAGAGAUAGGAGUCGCAGAUCAAGGUGGAGUAAUGUAUCACCGGAACCUUCGGAAAAUGCAGCAGUUGUGGUGGAAUCUGAGGCACAAGAUGUAAAGGAGAUCUCAGAAGACAGUAAAGAGCCAGCUGAUCCUAGUGUUCAAGGUGCUUUAACAGAUACCCCCUCAGAUAAUGAACCUCCUCCAUUAAAUGCAAUACAAAGCGAUUCAUGCAAUACUGUAACUGAGGAGAAUAGUUUUAGUGAUUCACAUUUUACACCAAUGGAAGAAGGCGAAGGUGAUGGUGAUAAAAAUGACAGUGUAGAUUGUGAUCAGACCAUGGAGUUGGAUGCAGAGCACACAGGACAAGAAAAUGCGUUGUGCAGUGAUGAACCUUGUGAAAAUCCACCUGAAAAUCAGGAACAAACAUCAGUUGAUGUGCAAGAUGAACCUUCUGAAGCCAGUAAGGAAACAGAAUAAUGUUCUUUUUUAAGGCAAAUUUGAGAAGUACCAAAUCUUUCUGAUGUGCACAUAGUAGAAAGCGAAACUUUGUUGUAAUGAAUUUAAUUUACCUUGUGUUGCAGUGUGACUAUUAGAAAAAUGUGAUAGGUUCAUUAUGCUAGGGAAACUACUAGCAUUCUUUCUAGUGAGGCUCUUUCCAUUGCAGUGUGAAACAUUUAAGAAGCAUUUGUAGUGGCCUGGCCUGCCAUGUGUGUGUGUGAGAGAGAGAGAAAUGGUUUUGAGUGAAAGUGAACACAGGAAAUAGUGCAAAUUGAGGCAAUAUUUUAAUAUAUUUGAGUAAAACUGUAAACAGUGGUGCAAUAUGUUACCUAAGAUGUGAUCGAUACACAUCAAGCACAAUUUUAGUCAUGCCUUAAUUGUGUCAAGGCAAUUGUAAGGUAACAAGUUGAAAAUAUGUCAGAUCUAUUGUAAUUUUUAACGUUACUUUAAUUUUACUCAUGAAACGAAGAGUGAGACUCUCAUAUUAUUGUGGAAUAAUGCUCAAUAAAAAUAUCAUUUUUUAUAUUUUUAUAAGAAACUUUGCUUUCUGUAGUCAUUUACCACUUUUUAGUUAAAUCAAAAUUUAAACAAUAAAUUAUAUUAACUUUGUCACAUCAUUAGUAUUCUGCUAUUCUUUGUGUCAAUGAGUGGACAACCCUAUGCAUGUCAUAUUGUAGGCAUGUACAGGGAAGUGUUGCUCCUGAGCAAGGUAGGUGUUCCUGUGUUCACGGCUGCCUCAACCUACGUUCGCACACCAUCGGGCUCCCACAUGGAGGGAAACACGCGCUUGCACUCAAAUAGAGUGACAAGUGCAAGGUACUGUGGCACUUUGCAUUAUCGCAUCCAUCACGUUCUACCAGAAAUUGGUUUGAAUUGUAUUGGAUUCUCUCAAUCUGAAAGUGUCUUGGCUACUCUGACAUCGAUCAUCAAGAACUCUGAAUGUAUGAACUCUGAACACAUCAGCAAUUAAAGGAAGUGCCCUUUUCAAAGAAACUGCAAAAUGAACUUUCUUAAGGAACUGUGUGCAAAGGACAACACUCAUCAGUUUCAACAUCAUGUUUUCAUGUUUUGUUGUUUUCUUUUCUUUUCGUAACUCCCUGUUAUGAUAAAAGGUAAAUUGUUCGUUCUUUAAUAAUUGUACAUAAGCAUUCCAAUUGCUGCUUGUCAUUUGGUGUACAAGUAUAUUCAAGAUUUAUAAAUUUAUGAUCAAUUUUUGUGCAGAAAAAAUUUGCAUUGUGAAUAUCAAGGAUAUCUGUGGAGUUUUGUGGGAAUCAUUUUUGAAGUGUUUAAAAUUUUUUUCUGUAACGAUAUCUUGAUUAAUCUCUUUUUCAACAGGGAUGCCAUUAAAAGUUUCACCAUAUUUAGUCUUACACUCAGGAAGAAAUAUUGCGUGUGCAACUUUGCCAGUAAUUUCAGAUAAUUAUGGUGUCAGGAUAUAUUUUUCUUUGAUUUUCUUUUCUCUAACUCAAUCAUUCUUUAAUAAGUUGAUGUAAAAAGAAUACAUCUUGCAAGUAAAUUGCAUUGCAAUGAGAGUAAAUUUUGCAAAUAUAUAUAUAUAUUCUUGAAAAACUAUGAACAAAGAAGUUUUCAAUUUAUGAGAGAAUACUUAUUUUAUUUAUAGUUACAAGUUUAUAUAAAUUAGGUUUCUAAUUGUAUUAUGACUAUGAAUGUAGGUUUUCAUGUAUCAGUAAAAUAUUGAAAUAUAAUCAGAAUUUUUAUUCAAACUAGUUUAUGUAGUAGGUUAUAGAACUAUAUUGGGAUACUUGGUGUUUCUCAAGGUGUCAGUUGGGAAAAUGUAACUUUAUAUAGACAGACUCGUAUCAGAAAUUUUUCAAGUUCUGCAACAAAUCUAUAUUGGGAGGUAGUGGUCAUUUAUACAUGAAUAGUAAUUCUGAAAUGUUGAGGACAUUUUUGUGUGCUUGAAACCUAUGUGGAAUUGCAGAGAUAUGGUGAAAAUGAGUUUACAAUGUAUAUUUUCUUUUAGAAUGCCCUGUAAUUUAUUCGUUUCCAUGUGCAUGCGUUAGGUGUAAUGAAUGACACGCAUGUGUUGCUCUUCAUGAAAACAUGACGUUGACUUUAGAUUGUCUCCAAAAGGGCCUUUAACAUAAUUGAAAUUGUUGUAUUAGUACAUCAGAAAUCUAAUUUCAACUAUACCCCCAAUAUUGUUAUGUUGGAGUGUUUAAAUGCACGAUCUAUCACUAGGACCUUUUUGCAUAGAUUCAAAGAGAUUUACUAAUCUGUCAAAACCACAGAUUAAAUGUAAAAGUCGUUUAGGUGUUAUGACUGUCACCAAUAAAUUUUAUGUUAUUGAAAAUUGUGAUUUUUCCAUUGUUCUUUGCAAUAUUGCACUUUCAUUUAUUUGCAGGAUGGAUGUUUUGUCACAUUACUUCCAGAUACUUCCAGUACUUCAUCCAUAUUUUGUUUUUAUUUAAUUUUAAUUCACUCC